AUGUACACUUCAAGGAAGAAGAUCCACAAGGACAAGGAUGCUGAACCAACUGAAUUUGAGGAGACAGUUGCCCAGGCAUUAUUUGAUUUAGAAAAUAGCAACCAGGAGCUCAAAAGUGAUUUGAAGGACCUCUACAUUAAUUCUGCAGUUCAAAUUGAUGUUUCUGGAAAUCGCAAAGCUGUAGUCAUCCACGUACCAUACAGAUUGAGGAAAGCUUUCCGCAAGAUUCAUCUUAGGUUGGUUAGAGAACUUGAGAAGAAGUUCAGCGGGAAGGAUGUUGUUAUGAUUGCCACCCGAAGAAUUCUGCGGCCACCAAAGAAGGGCUCUGCCGUUCAAAGGCCUCGAUCCCGCACACUCACAGCAGUGCACGAUGCCAUGCUAGAGGAUGUUGUAUAUCCUGCCGAGAUUGUGGAAAGCGUCUUAGGGCUGUCUUCUUUUGAACAUCAUCAUUUAUCCAUGUUAGGAGAUCUGAUAUUCCUGGAUCCCAAGGCACGCAAUGACACUGAGUACAAGCUUGAGACGUUUGCUGGAGUUUAUAGGAAGCUUUCUGGGAAAGAUGUCGUUUUUGAAUACCCAACAACAGAGGCUUAG